ACACCACCAUUGGCGAUGCCGCCUCCCCUGCGCCACCUGCUGCCGCUGCUCCUCGCGGCGGCCGCGGCCUCCAGGGCCGCCGCGUUCGUGCUGGAGGAGGCCACGGUCGACUCCAUCCACCGCGCCUUCGCCGCCGGCGAGCUCACCUCCCGCGGCCUCGUCGAGCUCUACCUGCGCCGCAUCGCGUCCCUCGACCCGGCCCUCCACGCCGUCGUUGAGCUCGAUGCCGACGGCGCGCUCGCCGCAGCCGACCGCGCCGACGCCGCCCGCCUCGAGGGGGCCGCGCUCCCGCCGCUCCACGGCAUCCCCGUGCUGAUCAAGGACAACAUCGCCGCGGCCGGCGGCGACGGAUCCGGGAGGCUGAACACCACGGCCGGGUCGCUCGCGCUGGUCGGGUCCCGCCCCGCGCGCGACGCCGGCGUGGUCGAGCGGCUCCGGCGCGCCGGCGCCGUGCUCCUCGGCACCGCCAGCCUCAGCGAGUGGUGCAACUUCCGCGCCCCCGGCAUCCCCGCCGGCUGGAGCCCCCGCGCCGGCCAGGGCAUCAAUCCGUAUGUGCCGUCAGCGACGCCGUGCGCGUCCAGCAGCGGCUCCGCCAUUGCCGCGGCGGCGAACAUGGUGGCGGUGACGAUUGGGACGGAGACGGAUGGGUCCAUCAUGUGCCCGUCCAGCUUCAACUCCGUUGUCGGAAUCAAGCCGACGGUCGGCCUCACAAGCCGUGCCGGCGUCAUCAUCAUAUCUCCAAGGAUGGACACAAUUGGGCCAAUAUGUAGGACAGUUUCAGAUGCAGUACAUGUGUUGGAAGCAAUAGUUGGUUAUGAUCCACGGGAUGCAGAGGCAACUCGCAUGGCAUCUCAGUAUAUCCCGAAAGGCGGUUACCGGCAAUUCUUGAACAUAGAUGGUCUAAGGGGCAAGAGGGUUGGGAUUCUCAGAAAGGACUUCUUCCGGUUCGCCCCAGGAUCUAUCCAAGAAAAGGUGUUCAGGGACCACUUCAGCACGAUGAGGGAAAUGGGGGCCAUCUUGGUGGACAAUCUUGAGAUACCAAGCAUGAAAAUCAUCAACAAUGCGGUACAAAGCGGUGAGCGUGCUCUUAUGCUCGCCGAGUUCAAGCUGUCCCUCAACUCUUACUUGUCUGAACUGGCUAUCUCACCUGUUAGAUCAUUGUCUGACAUAAUUGACUUCAACAACAAGAACCCUGUCGAGGAAAGGAUGGCUGAAUUUGGCCAGAGUUAUCUUCUGCAGUCUGAAGCAACAAACGGCAUUGGUCCUGCUGAAGAGCGUGUCAUUGCCAAACUGAACAAACUGUGUGAGCAAGGUCUUGAGAAGAUAAUGCGAGCCAAUCAACUGGACGCGAUUGUCGCACCUGGCGCGUCUGCUCAUAGCCUGCUUGCCAUCGGCGGCUAUCCAGCGGUCACUGUCCCAGCUGGAUAUGCAUCGAAUGGCGUUCCUUUUGCGAUUUGCUUUGGAGGGUUGAAAGGAUCAGAGCCAUUGCUUAUUGAGAUUGCUUAUUCCUUUGAGCAGGCAACUAAAGUUAGGAGACCUCCAAUAUUGCAGCAUUCUGUUAUUUGAUUGUAGGUGUAGCUAUGUUUUCCUCCUUUUAAAAAAAGAAGAAGAGGUCUAGCUAUGUUUCCAAGAAUCACACUAUUAUCAAAUGCAACACAUCUGCUUCUUUGUACUGAAAUGGGUAAAGGACUGAGUUUUUGUUAUGCAGAUCUUGAACACCUAA